AUGAAUUUCUUAUCCUUAAACAUUAAUAGGGUGGUUGCGGUUAACAGAGCCCCGUGGGUGCGAAAUUUGAAGUCAAAAUUGAAAGUGGAUUUUAUCGAUCUUCAAGAAACACACCAGGCGAGGCUGUCAGAUUUCGAUCUCCGACAAUUCUGGGGUAGUUCCUUGAUGCAAUCAUGUGUGGUGGACUCGGUGGGUAGAUCGGGUGGCCUCGCCCUGAUAUGGAACCCGGAUGUCUUCUCUCUUGAGUCGUCCUACUCAAGUCAAAGAUUUCAGCUUGUUUCUGGUAAAGUUAGAGGUUCUGAUGGCAUUCUUAAUAUUCUCAACCUCCAUGCCCCUAAUAAUGUGAGCCUUAGAAGGUCGUUAUGGAGUGAGAUUACUGUUUUGGUGAAUAAUCUCAGUGGGUCGUGGGUGGUGUUUGGCGACUUCAACGACGUCAGAGCGGAGUCUGAACGGGUCAAUUCCAGAUUUGAUGUUGGUGCGACUGAUGCGUUUAACGCGUUCAUUAAUGGGGCCGGUCUGCUGGAGUAUCCGAUGACAGGAGGUAAUUUUACUUUUGUUUCGGGUCAUUCUGAGGUCAAAUUGAGCAAGCUUGAUAGGUUUCUGGUGAACGUUGAGUUCAUGUUUUGGUGGCCGAUGGCUAAAGCGGCUGUCCAGGAAAGGGGUGCCUCGGACCACUGCCCCAUUACCCUUUCUUGUAAUAUUGUUGAUUUCGGACCCAUCCCGUUUAAGUUUUUCAAUUCGUGGUUGGGGGAUCAGAAUGUUGCGAAGAUUGUGUCUAAUAAAAUUAAAGAGGGUAUUAAAAAAUGGAGAAAGGAGGCCAGCUUAGCUAAGGAAAAAGAUCUUAAUCUAAUGAAGGAGACUGUGAGCCGAAUUGAAAGCAUGGCCGUACAGGGGCAGAUUUCGGAUGAAGAUAAAAAGAGAAGAAUUGAUCUCAGAGUUAAGAUUCAAGGGCUGGAAUUAGCUAUGGCUAAGAAUAUUCAACAAAAAGCGCAUAUCAACUGGUUGAAGUCGGGUGACGAGAACAACUCGUUUUUCACAAGAUGGUGCAAGUGA